UGUGUGCGUGACGGGAUUGAAAAUCCACAUCUUCUGGUCCCCAGCGCUCAUUCAUAACAGCUGUUUUAAGAUCGUUACCCAAAUCAGAGCAAAGGGUCCUGGUAAUGGCUGGAGUAUCUGAUGGUUAGUAUCCUCUCCUCCGGGGGUUUUGUACUGCAAAUGAAAAUCAACCAAGUUUAAAAUGGUUUGAGGAAUUGAAUCCGUUGUUACACGCCCUCUGAAGCGACUGCGUCCAGCGGACAACAGGACAAUAUCUUCACACUGAAACACAAAUUCGGAGGGUUAAGCAAAGCGGCCGGUUUCAUUGGUAGUCCUUGUCAAGAUGGAAACUGUGUCAAAUCAGCACGACUCCGUGGGAAGUUGUGAUGGGAACUGUGAAUCUCUGCCGGAGUGCGGAAUGAAGGAAGAGACACCCACUGUGGGGCAUGGACUAAACGGUUCUCUUUUUAACCCAAACAAGGUGCCAAAUGGAGACAAAGCCCUGGCUGCCAUGGGUACAGGCGGUGAAGGAGACAUCACCCCGAACGGACCCCUGUCCCAACUCCAGGAGAGCCCACAGAGCCAGGAGCCAUCCUCAGGUGUGGCUGCUUUCCAUCACAACCUAACGAAGCCUCAGGGAGCUAAUUCUGAGGGCACUGUUCAUAACAGGGAUGCUUUGCAGUCUCUCAAACUAAGUCUACCCAUGCAAGAAACUGAAUUGUGUUCGACAGAGCCUUCUAUGGAGCUGGAGAACGAGGAGCAGAUCCGACUGCAGGCACGGAGACGCCUGGAGGAGCAGCUGAAACAGUACAGGGUCCAAAAGCACCAGCACAGGUCACACCAUUCAACCCCGAAAAACCGUCUCUCGAGUACACUGGACCCAGAGCUGAUGCUGCACCCCGAUGCUCUCCCCCGAGCAAACACAACCUCCAUGACCACGGAGUACUCCUUCAUGCGGACCAGCGUCCCCCGGGGACCCAAACUAGGGAGCCUGGGGAUCCCUCCGCCUGCUAAGGAGAAGAAGAAAUCUUCAAAAUCCUCCGGCACCAGCAAGAUCCGCUCCCUGGCAGACUACAAGGAGCCGGACGCUGGGAGCAGCAGCAGCGCGAGGUCACAGGCAGCAGGGGACAGCAACCAGAGAUCCCUACAUUCAAGCAGGAGCUCCACGUCAGUCGUGUCGGAGAUGAGCCUGGCCUCGGAGACGGAGGAGCGGCUGGAGACCUUGCAUAUGAGGGACAGCGUUUCGGAGCGCGACGGCAGUGAAUCAGAGGUCCGGCAGGAUGGCAAUGAGAGUGACAGCUCCUCCUACAGCGGUGCCUCUGUGGCCGGGGGCGGCUUCAGCAUGCUGUCGUCGGGGGGGAGCGGGCAGAGGGAUUGGGGAGAGAUCGCCCCGGAGGCUGUGGGGCAGUACCCCUCUCUGCAGGAGGUCCUGCAGGCUGCCACGGAUGAACUGCACCUGCUGGCUCAGGAACAAGAGAUGAACGGAGUGCGGAGCCGCAGGGACAGUAUUUCUAGCAGCGUAUCCUUAGGGAGCUCUGUAAUAGGAAGCCAUGAUGAAAUGCUGCAGGUCCUGAAGGAGAAGAUGAGGCUGGAGGGGCAGCUGGAAUCUCUGUCAGCAGAAGCCAGUCAGGCUCUGAAGGAGAAGACGGAGCUGCAGGCCCAGCUGGCCUCAGUGAACGCUCAGCUCCAGGCCCAGCUGGAGCAGAACCAGGCCAGCCAGCAGACCCAGAGCAACCUCACCUUGGAGGUGGGGAAUCUGCGGCAGAACUGCUCCGAGCUGGAGAGAGCCAUGAGCGAGCUGCAGGGCAGCCUGGAGGCCAAGAACGGCAGCCUGGCCUCCCUGAGCAACGACCUGCAGGUGGCGGAGGAGCAGUACCAGAGGCUCCUGGGCAAGGUGGAGGAAAUGCAGCAGAGCGUCUCCUCCAGGGACAACACUGUUCAGCAGCUCCGGCAGCAGAUGGGUGCCCUGCAAGCCCAGCUCCUGCAGGUGCAGUCUGAGCGCAGCACGAUGGUGAGCAGGCUGAAGACCUUGCAGUCAGAGGUCAGCUCCCUGCAGAACGCGCGCCAGUGGUACCAGCAGCAGCUCACCCUGGCCCAGGAGGCCCGGGUCCGACUGCAGAGCGAAAUGGCCAACAUGCAGGCUGGACAGAUGACCCAGAUAGGGGUGCUGGAGCACCUUAAACUGGAGAAUGUGACGUUAUCCCAUGAGCUGACAGAGACCCAGCAACGAUCCAUCAAGGAAAAAGAGCGAAUCGCUGUGCAACUCCAGAACAUCGAGGCUGACAUGCUGGACCAAGACGCUGCGUACCGGCAGAUCCAGGAGGCCAAGUCCAUGGUGGAGGAGGACCUGCACCACAAACUGGAAGAGUUAGAAGAGGAGAGAGAUGUCCUGCAGAGGCUGGCCAGCUCUGCCAGCACAGUGGAGAGGGAGCUGGAGCAGGUACGUGGCGCAGUGGAGAGGGAGCUGGAGCAGAAGGACCUGCAGCUGGAGGCUGUGCAGCAGGAGCACUUGGAUCUGAUGAAGCAGCUCACCCUGGCCCAGGAGGCUCUACACACCAAGGAGCAGUCUCUGAGCGGGCUGCAGGCACGCUACGAGGAGCUGGAAGCACAUCUCUCCGAGCUGCAGGGCGAAGCCGACGCCCAGGACCAAACCAUCCAGUCCCUGCAGAACGACAAGAUCGUCCUGGAGGUGGCACUGCAGGCGGCGCGGGCUGAGCAGGAGGGGCUGGACGAGGGGGCCCGGCGGAUCGGGGAGGGGGCUGAGGCGGCUUUGGAAAUCCUGGAGCAGCUCAGACAGGAGAUCAAAGUCAAGGCCACUCAGAUUGAAGGUAUGCAGCAGGAGAACAGCAGCCUGAAGAAGCAAACUCAGAAGCUAAAGGAGCAAUACCUCCAGCAGAAAAUCAUGGUGGAAGCCUAUCGGCGUGAUGCGAGCUCUAAGGAUCAGCUGAUCAGUGAGUUGAAAGCCACGAAGAAGAGGCUGAACUCGGAGGUGAAGGGGUUAAAGCAAGAGCUGCUGAACACGCAAGGGGAGAGGAAGUGUGCGGAGCUGGAGCAGUCCCGGCUGGGCAAGGAGGUGGCUCGGGUCCAGCAGCAGAUCACCAGUCUGCAAACACACCUGGCAAGCGCGCAGAGAGAGAGAGACCAGCUAGAGCUUCAGCUUCAGUCAGUUCAGUUCGACCAAGGUCAGCUCGCAUCCGUGACAGAGGAGAACGCAGAGCUGAGGAAACAGGUGGAGCAAAUGCAACAAGAAGCCAAAAAGGCUAUCUCAGAGCAGAAGGUGAGAAUGAAGAGGCUGGGGACAGACCUGACGAGUGCUCAGAAAGACAUGAAGGUGAAGCACAAGGCUUACGAGAACGCAGUGGGGAUCCUGAGCCGGAGACUGCAGGAAGCCCUGACAGCCAAGGAGAUGGCAGAGGCUGAGCUGAGCAAAGUGAAAGCACAGGUCACAGAUGGGGGGAGCAGCCAGGCUCUGCAGGACAGGAUCAAAGCUCUGCAGACAGAGCUGCAGACAGUCACCCACAGCAAGGCCAUGCUGGAGAAAGAGCUGCAGGAAGUGAUCUCACUCACUAGCCAGGAGCUGGAGGAGUACCAGGAAAAGGUCCUCGAGUUAGAGGACGAGCUCCAGGAAUCCCGAGGGUUCAAGAAAAGGAUUCGGCAUCUGGAAGAGCACAAUAAGAAGCUGGCAUUGGAGCUGGAACACGAGCGAGGGAAGCUGGCUGGACUGGGACAGUCCCACACUGCACUGCGGGAGCAUGCUAACAUCCUGGAGACUGCCCUGGCCAGGAGGGAGGCAGACCUGAUGCAGCUCAAUCUGCAGGUUCAAGCAGUUUUGAAACGGAAAGAGCAGGAAGACCAGCAGAUGAAAGAACUCGUUCAGAGGUUACAGGCAGCCUUGGAGAAAGAAAAAGCCAGUGUGGGCGACCUCAAGCAGCAGGUCGCUGCUGCGAAAGCCGAAUCAGCGCACAACCGGCGACACUACAGAGCGGCGGCGCUGGAGCUCAGCGAGGUCAAGAAGGAGCUGCAAGCCAAAGAGCAGCUUUUCAAAGUGCUGCAAAUCGAAGCAGACAAACUGCAGGCACAGGACGAGAGGCAUUCCCAGGAGGUGUCUCAGUUCCAGCAGGAGCUGGGGGAGGCAAACUCCCAGUUACAGCUCCUACAGAAACAGCUGGAGGAGCAGCAAAGCAAGCAGCCUGUCACAAACCAGGAGGUGGAAGACUUGAAGUGGGAGGUGGAGCAGAAGGAGCGUGAGAUUGAGGCUCAGAAGCAGCAGCUGGAAAUGACAGAGCAGCGAAGCCACAAGGAACUGGAGGGCUUCCAGGCGAGUCUGCAGGGCAUCAAGGCAGAGCUGGAGGUUGUGCAGGAGGAGCUGACGGGUACCAGGAAAGACAAGUUCAUGCUUCAGGCUAAAGUGGUGGAGCUCAGAAACAGCAUGAAGACUCUACUGCAGCAGAACCAGCAGCUGAAACUGGAGCUGAAGCAGAGCAGGAACAGAAAGCGGUUGGAGCUGAAGGGCGAUACAAACAUGUCCAAUCCAGUCACACCAGUGAAGAUCCCAGACUGUCCGGUCCCAGCGUCUCUGCUGGAGGAGCUCCUGAAACCCCCCACCUCCGUGAGCAAGGAGCCUCUCAGCAACCUGCACCACUGCCUCAGACAGCUCAAGCAGGAGAUGGACAGCCUGCAGAAGCAGAUGGAGGAGCACACGGUGACCGUGCACGAGUCCAUGACGUCCUGGACUAACAUGGAAGGACACCUCAUGGGACUGCCUGCUGCCAGCAGCUUGGCAGCUAGAGAUGAGUGGAGCGAGAGCGUGGAGCUGAACCACAGCGGCAGUGCCAGCGAGGCAGCACAGCAGUCCUAACACACAGGGCUGCGGAGUGGACAUGGUUUACUUCUCUCUCUCUCUUUCGUUUGGGUUUUCUUUAAACUUGCUAAUUUAUUAAUUGUUUCAAAUACUGCUGAAUGUUUUAUGAUUUGUUUUAUUAUUAUUUCUAAGAAAUGUUUAAAUCUCUUGUUCAUGACUACAACCAAUCCCCCCCCCCCCCCUUUUUUUUUUUUUGUAAUUUUUGUAAAAGUUUAAGCUUAUUCACAGGGCUUGGGUUGGCUGAGUCUAGGGUUAGUAACAGUGGAAAUGUGUUGGUGCACAAGCAGAUUCUCUCCCGUGCUGUUUGUCCUGUGUACUGUAACCCUAGCAUGCAGAGGCAACACUUUCCAGUCAUUAUUCAAUGCAGUUCAUUUUGGUGAAAUACAGUAUUGCCUUAAUGCAAAACCAAGUGACCUGGUGUCAGCUUAGUGCUGACUAACUCAGUCAUCUGGUUUGUAAAGCUGAUCUCCUCUUUAAGAGCAGAUUUACGAAAGGGUAACACUUUUAAUUGUGUGUAUUUCUCAAUUUGUUUUAAUCAUUGAGGUGACGUUCAGCACAAUACUUGAACCUGUAUUUCUUUUACCAAAACAAUUGAGAGCUGUUACCAAACUGACUUUCACCACAUGACGUCAUGCAUAUCUACUACUGCUUUAAAUCUGUGUGUAUUAGAACUGACUUUCACCACAUGACGUCAUGCAUAUCUACUACUGCUUUAAAUCUGUGUGUAUUAGAACUGACUUUCACCACAUGACGUCAUGCAUAUCUACUACUGCUUUAAAUCUGUGUGUAUUAGAACUGACUUUCACCACAUGACGUCAUGCGUAUCUACUACUUACUGCUUUAAAUGUGCGUAUAUUAGAGCUGACUUUCACCACAUGAAGUCAUGAGCAUCUCCUAAUGCUUUUAAUCUGUGUAUGUGAGGCUCUCUGCAAACAGCUGAGGGGAUACAAGCUCCAGAAUGAGACUGUUUGUGGGGAAAAUAUUGAUAAUAUAUAAAUCUGCGUCUCUACUUGCACAAAAAGAUUAAGUAAUUUAUGUUGAAGUAGUAGUAGUGUAGCCUUUGGUCAUGGGUACCUUAUUUAAAAUGGGCACAGUUUUGUAUCCCAAUUGCAACAUGGUUUAUUUUGUAUCCCAGGCCAGUUUCAGGUCAUGCUUCGAGCUCCUCUGAUUGGUUACGUGUUCUUUAUCUGUAGUAAUAGUCUGUCUAUGCUUUAUGUAAAAAGAAAGCAAAACCAAUUGUGUAAGAAAAAAAAAAAGUUGCUUCUACUAAUGAAAGGUACUCUAAUUUAUUACAACAUUUUAAUAUUAUGUUUAUUGUUUAUAGUUUUUUAUUUAUUUUUUAAUCCAGAUAUAUUUAACAAAUAGAUAAUCUAUCCAGACUUGUUCACUCAUGGACGGUCCUUUCUCUGGUCUAUACAGAGUAGCACAUUUGUGAAGGGGUCUGGUCUGGUGUGGGGUGAGCUUCAUAAAGAAGAGUCUGAUUGCUACAUAUUCUGCUGUGUGGAGGUAUUGUCCUCUCCUUGAUAUUAUACAGUAGCUAGCAUAGUCUAAUCUGAACUAUUUCAAUAUGAUAGACAAUAUGUGCUUACAUGGGAGUGUUGAAACGAGAGAUGUGCAUCAUAUGUGUACAUUUACUUCAGUGCUGAGAUAGAUACUCUGUGGUCAUCAAGGCCACUUUAGCAUGACAAACAGCAAAUGCAUUGAUAGGGUAAGGGAAAUAAGAGAAAUCUCUUCUGUGGCACAUAUUCCCACAGGGGGGCGCCACCAACACAUUAGCUGUGGUGAAUGCAUUUGCUUCUCUACCAUGCCCAGGUUGCUUCCUGUAUUUAAGAAGCAUGCAUUCCCUUCCCUUUCACAAACAGCCUUUGACGUGCUGAGAUCCACUGUCAUCCUGCUCUGUAUGUAAUAUACACUGAAAUUUCAAGUGUCAAAUGAUCGAUCUGCCUUACUGGAAUACUUUAUACUGUAGAAUCAAUCCCUAACCCCAGUUGUGAUCUCUACUCUUCCCAGCUCUUUCAUGUGUGCUUCCCUUGAGGUGUAUGUUUGUGGGCUCAGAAAGUGGGCAGGUCUACUCCUGUAUCUAAUUCAGAGCAUAUCUAAUAUAUGGUUCUUUCAUUUUCCACAAUGGAACUUCUUCCCAAGCUGGUGCAGGUUCUAUUGAAUUGUAAUGUCCAAGAUGUGUUUAAGAAUACACUUCAGGAGCUGUGUGCACUCUCUGGGUGUACUGAUAAUGAAUAGAGCAUUGUUACAGUCAUUUAGAUAGGGUUUUUUAUGUAACCUGUUGUUAACAGAGACCGUACUGAAAUUAAGGUGUUUUGUGUAUUAGAAUGCAUAACUGAAGGGAUUGCAAAAAAAAAGGAAGGGGAAAAUGUAACCCCUUUAAAAACCAUUUACUGACCUGUUUAAAAAAAAAAAAAAAAUGAUUGAGUACUGUUCUGAAAAGAGAAAGUUACAGUGGCUUACCAAAGACAUGGAAGAAAAAUGAUAACGUUUUGUUGAGAUGCUAAGAUCAUAAAUCUUGCUGUGUUUUUUUUUUUUUUUUUUUUUCUCUCCAUGUCCUCAGUGAGCCACAGUACAAUACUAAGGGCUUGUUACAGGCAUCCAGUGAUCGUUUUAAAAAGAAACUUGAUUCAUAAAAUUCGACCAUCAUGUAGAGUCUGCUGAAAGCAGUGGAAGUUGUUUGGAAGUGUUAUCCUCUAAUAUUAUAAUCGAGUUUAUUUUUUUUUUUUGAUGCCACCUAGUAUUUUAAAGUUAUCGAUGAAUGGCUGUAGAGGUUUUUGCAUGUCUUCUAAGCUUAAGAUUCAAGUGUGCUGCUAGAGGGGGUUGUUGAGAUUUCAGUAGGAUGCUGCGUACUGAAUGCCUGUACAGUGACCCUGCUGUGUGUCUCUGUUGUGGUAUGGGGGUGUAGUGUACAUAGUUCUUAAGAAUACUAAUUCUGUAAUCCAAGUUUGAUUUAAACUGCAUAAACCUUCCCUGACACUGAGAAAGAUACUGUACAGUUAAAAAAAAAAAAAAAAAAAAAAAAGGUUCAAGGCAUGUUAAUAAUACUGAAGACGAAUUCCUCAAGCUUUGUGCAAUAAACUAUUUUUCGGUAA